UUCUCUUUCUUAUAAACCACAACAAUGAAGUGUUACUUUUUUUGCUUUUCCCCUUUUUGAUUUUGAAUCGAUAAUGUUACUAUUAGUUGCUUGCAUUAAACCUUAUAGUGUAGACUAGGGUAGAGAAAUACCGGUGUCCAUCAAAUACAACCUUUCUAGCACCGACGUCUCUGAAAAAAAGUACGUCAGUGUCGAAGACUGAUACUUGUUAUUAGUUAUUACGAUUCAAUUUAUUAUUUUUCAAAUUAUUAUCAGUGUCAAUGUGUCAGGAUUCGGUGUCAUGCUUCUGUGUCCGUGCUUGGUAGAAUACAACACGAAUAUUGAAAUGCUGACACCGGUAAUAAUUUAAUAAAGCCUGAAUGUGAAUGUAUCUUGUGUCGGUGUUGUCGGAUACAACACUAAUAGUGAGAUGUAGACACCGAUAAUUAUUUGAGAAAAUAAGAGUGAUUGAAUUGAAUGUAACCACGUGCAUCGGUGUCAGACACUGAAUACACCUUCAAUAUGAAGUGUGAGUACUGCAUAUGAUGCAACUUUAGUACUUGGAGUUGAGGUUAAAGUUUUAGUUUUUACUAUCGUUUUCUUAGUAGAACUGAAAGCAAGAAUUUACGAGAGGGUUAAUGUUUUGGAUUUUCCCCAAUAUAACAAACUAAUGAACUAAUCUUAAUGUUGGAGAAGAUGAAACGAAAUCCCGACACAAUGCCGGAGGAUCAUUGACGGAAAUAUCUCGGGAUGCUGUGGGAAAACUUCUACGCCGUGCUAACAAAGGUAGCACUUCCAAGAAAAAGACUACGAACAAAAUGGAACUCGAAUCUUGGAACCGAUUGUCCCACCAAAAACUUCAGAAGUUGAACACUGUAGUAGAGAUUCUAUUGGAAAGGAUUCUGCAGAAGAGAAAUGUGGUCAUGUAAGUUUAGAUGAGGGAUACGCGGAUAAAAAGGAAGAACUGGAUGAUUCAGAUUGGGAAGAUGGUACAGUUGCCAUGGAUGAUCUUCCCAUGACAAUUGAAUUAAAUGUAACCCCUGAUUCAUCUCUAAAGAAACAAAUACGCCGAGCUUCUGCUGAAGACAAGGAAUUGGCUGAACUUGUGCACAAAGUUCAUUUGCUUUGUUUACUUGCUCGGGGAAGAUUAAUAGACCGUGCUUGUGAUGAUGUUUUAAUUCAGGCUUCUCUGCUUUCUCUACUUCCAGUGAACUUGUUCCACCUAUCAAAAGGCACAAAUCUCACUUCAAAAGCUCUACAUCCUUUAAUCUCAUGGUUCCAUGACAAUUUCCAUGUUAAAAACUAUACAAAUGGAGAAAAGUCACCACACUUUGCUUUGGCAUCUGCUAUAGAAUUACGUGAAGGUAGUUCUGAAGAGAUUGCAGCUUUAUCGGUGGCACUAUUUAGAGCUUUAAAUCUUACAGCCAGGUUUGUCUCCAUUUUGGAUGUUUCACCUCUUAAACCAGAUCAAUCCUUUAGACCAAUUGCAAGUGGAUCUAGUAAGGGAAUAUUUAAUAAUUCAACACCAAUGGUAUCUAAGCAAAAGUUGGAUUUCAAGUCACCUAAAAAAUCACUGUCUUGUAAGAGAGAGAAACUAUGUGAAAGCUCUCUUGGUCAUUCACGGAAAAGUAAGAAACGAAUUGCACUGAGCGAUAUGGAUCAGUCUAAAGAUCCAUCCGUUGCUGAAGAUUUGAAUCAUACGGUGGCAAACCUCCCAACUUCUGAGGCACAAGUCAAUGACCCUGAAUCACAUAUAACUGACAAAUCUCAUAAACCAAAGAGGAAAGGGGAUCUUGAAUUUGAGAUGCAGAUGGAAAUGGCUCUUUCUACUACAGCAGUUGAAUAUUCUAAGAGUAAAGAAGAGUCUGGUGAAAAUAUUGAUUCAUCAAAUUUUUCUUGUCCAUCUAAAAGAAUAAAAAGAGUUAUAGGUGAAGAAUCUUCAACCUCUCCCCAGCUAAUUUCUACAGCAGUUGGAUCAAUGAGAGUAGGAUCUCCUUUGUAUUGGGCAGAAGUAUAUUGCAGUGAAGAAAAUUUGACAGGAAAAUGGGUGCAUAUCGAUGCUGUGAAUUUGAUUAUUGAUGGAGAAGACAAGGUUGAAGCUAUGGUUGCUGCGUGUAAAUCAUCUUUGAGAUAUGUUGUUGCUUUUGCUGGGCAGGGGGCCAAAGACGUGACCCGCAGGUACUGUAUGAGGUGGCAUAAAAUUUCAUCACAACGAGUUAAUUCAACAUGGUGGGAUUCAGUGUUGGCACCACUGAGAAACUUAGAGUCUGGAGCAACUGGAGGUGUGGUUCAUUCGAGAACAAGCCAAUUCACUUCAACAGAAGCCAACAUGAAUGAUUCUUUUCUUCCUACAAGGAGCUCUCUUGAGGAUAUUGAAUUAGAAACCAGGGCAUUAACUGAGCCUCUUCCAACCAACCAGCAGGCCUACAAAAGUCAUCCUCUUUAUGCUAUAGAAAAAUGGCUUACAAAAUAUCAACUACUUCAUCCAAAGGGUCCGAUUUUGGGGUUUUGUUCAGGUCACCCAGUUUACCCUAGGACUUGUGUGCAAACUGUUAUGACAAAAGAAAGAUGGCUCCGGGAAGGGCUGCAAGUGAAACCCAAUGAAAACCCUGCAAAGGAGCAUAAACGUUCCAUUAAGCCUCAGAAAGUACAAGAUUUUGAAGCUGAUGACCAUGACUGCACAACUGAUUCUAAGGAAAAUAUUAAACUUUAUGGGAAGUGGCAACUAGAACCAUUAAAUCUUCCUCAUGCAGUGGAUGGAAUAGUUCCUAAGAACGAUCGCGGUCAAGUAGAUGUUUGGUCUGAGAAAUGUCUACCACCGGGAACUGUGCACUUGAGGUUUCCAAGGGCUUAUACUGUUGCCAAGAGGCUAGAGAUUGAUUAUGCGCCUGCUAUGGUUGGUUUUGAAUUUAAAAAUGGCCGAUCAUAUCCUGUCUAUGAUGGUAUUGUGGUGUGUGCUGAGUUCAAGGAUACACUAUUAGAGGCAUUCGCAGAAGAAGAUGAACGACGGAAAGCAGAAGAAAGGAAAAGAGAUGAAGCACAAGCUCUUCGUCGAUGGUACCAGCUUCUUUCAUCUAUUGUAACUCGACAGAGGUUAAACAAUCGUUAUAAUAACAAUUCGAAUUCAGAGGUGGCAAAUGCUGCCCAUGAUAUGAAUGAUAAUGUGUCAAAUGCCACAGUUUGUGGUAGUAAUGACCAGAAUCAGAACCCCGCAAACCAUCAGAUGGACAACCGCGAUACCAAUCUUGAUGAACCUGUAAAUAUUUCAGUAAAAGACCAUGAGCAUGUUUUUUUGAAAGAGUACGAAAGCUUUGAUGAGGAAACUUUUUUACUGACAAAGCGAUGUCAAUGUGGGUUUUCUGUUCAAGUAGAAGAAUUAUAAAUUUAAAUGAAACACCUUCAUCAUGUUCAUGGUUUUUGGAGUCUUUUCCCCUAGUUUUGUUGUCUCCAAAACUCAUAAUCAUUGUUCAAUUAGAGACUUAGGAUUAGAUGUAAGAUAUAAUGUGAUAUAUAUGAUCAAAACUAUGACAAACACUAGUUUUUGCUAGAAAAGAAUGUAGACAUGUUUACAAUCUAAAAAAUGAAAGUCCAUGUUUUUUUUCUCCA